CAAUUAUUCUUACCCGACUUGUCACUACUCACCUCUGUACGCAUUGUACUGAGCUUUAUUGUUCUGUGGUCGGGAAUAAGUUAUUUUAACUAUCAAUAACUCGACAGUAAAAUGAAUGGCAAGGUAAAUAAGGUAGUGAUUGCAGUUGCAUUCGUCCUUUUAAUAAUGUAUGUUUUGAAGGAUUAUUAUACAGACGUUAAUAAUCAGAUGACUCGCUUAUUGUCCACAAUUUCUGAUGUGAAAAAAGACCAAGGUUCGCAGAAACAAGAAAUGACGACUCUCUUAAAGUCUGCAUUGGCUAAUGUGAGAAAAGAACAAGUGGCACAGAAGUUAGAACAGGCGACUCUCUUAAAGUCUGCAAUCGAAGAUGUGAAAAAAGAACAAGAUACGCAGCAAAAGGAACAGCAAGGCGCAUUAACAUACUUCCGGGACGGUAUCUGGGUAUUGCCUACAACAGAAGAGCUGUCCAAAUUAAGUGCGAAAGAUCUAACGAUUCUAUAUUUUGGAUAUAUAGAACAAAUUCAAGUACCGUGUAAUAAAAGAAUACGGCUAGGUAACAUUAAUGAUGGUGGGUGGGAUUUAUGUGAAGAUAAGCCAUAUAAACCUGAAAAUAACAGUCUAGUAUAUUCUUUUGGAAUAAACAAUGACUUCAGUUUCGAUGAUGCUAUUGGAAAGAGAUUAAAUGCCCGUGUUCACUCUUUUGACCCAUCUAUGGGGAAAACCAAAGAUCAUAAAAGAAACGAACACGUCUUCUUCCAUGCUACUGGUAUUGCUGAUUACACUGGCAAAGUUCCCGGUAAUGGCUGGAAGAUGCAAACUCUAUCGGCCAUUAGAAAAGAACUUGAGCACGAGGACGAAGAUAUAACAGUCUUAAAAAUGGACAUCGAGGGCUGGGAAUGGAAAGUUUUACCAGAGGCCUUGGCUGCUGGAGAACUGAAAGAUAUAAAACAGAUUAUGUUAGAAUUCCACACAUGCGGUAACUGUAAUGAUGUUAGUAAUCGAUUGACCGGGGCCUUAACACUUCUUAAAAACUUUUACGAUAUGGGUCUUAGAAUAUUCUGGAUGCAUAAGAAUCCUGCAUGUCCUUAUACUUGCAAAUUUACUAAUGUAAAACGUACUAAAUGUCAGGAGGUUUAUUUCUUAAAAAAACAAUAACGAUUUUUCGUUAGCAACUCAUUGCGAUUGAUUGUCGACGCCAUGCCAUGUUGAGAUAAUCGCUCAUUUAUUAAAGUACACUCAUACUGCCAACAGUCCGCAUGAAUGUCUGAGAAAAUGAUACGAAACCAAAUCUUACAAUACUUCGUUUCGUAUAAUUCUCUCAAAUGCCAAGUCAUGCGUAAAUUGAUAGAUUUGUAUGUAAAAUGUCUUUAUAUGUCUAACGAAACAAUGGUGUCGUUCCACAAUCCGCAAUGUCAAUGAAGUGUCUAUGGUAUGAAAUAUUGAUUGACGCUACUGUACAUUUAUUAAUUAUUGGUAAUUUAUAUGACCACUUUCUGUUAUUUAUAUAGACAAGUGCUUUAUGGUUUUUCCAAAGGCUAUAUCAACAGGAUUUCUUCCGAACAUUAUAAUAAAAAGGUGACUAAAAAAAUCUAGAUUAUGUUCAGAUGAAUGAAUUGUAAAUAAAAAAAAAAUAAGUAAGAAACGUGAUCUUUCCGUCUCUGCUUGGGUUGUUACUGGAGAAUUCUUUGCACAUUCAAAAGUGUUCGGUUAAAGCGUGGGUGAUGUGUAGAUCUUAUUAUGCCGAGAAUGUUACAAACUUAAAUUUCUUCCUUGGCUCUGUUAGAUCUUAUUAUGCUGUAAAUAUAAGCUUAAAUUUCUUUCUUUUUCUUUAUUGUAUUCCGUUUUUGCACGAAUAAAGAAAUUUUGAGCUAA